CAACAACAGGAAAGUUAGCUACACCGUAAUUGUUGCAUUUACAGUAAAUUGUACAAAAUAACAUUUAUAACAAAACUUGUAGAAUACCUGUUUCAAUAGCAUUUAUUAAGAAAUGCCUCGUAGAUACACAACAAAGUUACAGCUAAAGAAGCUAAAUGAAACAGUGGCGGCACGAAAGAAGCAACAAAAGGAACACAGUGAUGACUCGGAGAGCGGCUUAUCAGACGGCGAGGAUGCAGAGGAGGAUGCUCUGGAGGGCAAGGACAAUGCAGAGCCAUUGCGUAAACUGCUUGAGACAUCGAGACACGAUACACAUCCAUCGAUGAAUCAAGGACUUGGACAAGAUUCGAAUGCCAAAGGGACACUUAGUAUAUUUCCCAGCUCGUCGUUUACAGUGCCGCUGCCAUUGUACGUCGCUGAUCAAACAACGCCCAUUGUCGAUCAUUGUCGACAGCGUCCCACUGUGCACGACGAUUGGAUGCGUCACCUGAAUCUCUGCAAGUCCAAGUACCUGAAGCAGACGAAGAAACAAAAGCAACGCGAGAAGAAACACCAACACAACAUUUACAGUUCGCACUUGUUCGAUGUGGCUGAGCAAAUUGCCACACAGGAUAAUACAUAUUUUCGUGACAGCUAUGAUUACUAUUACACUGGCGGCAAUCUGAAUCUAUUGCCCUACUCGGCGGCAGGAGAUGAGUCCAAGAUGCUGGCGUUGCAUGUGUCCGGCGAGAAGCUGCAGCAGUUGCAUUUCUCAAAAGUUGGCGAGGAGGCGGAAUUAUGGCAGCCACUGUACAGUGAAUCCCUGGCUGACAUGUCUAGUGAAAUCUUCGAACUGUUUCCUGUGAGCAGCUUUCGAGUGAAUCAUGGCAACAUGUUCCUGGCGCGUCUACUCAACGAUAUCGCAAUCUAUGAGCUAAAAAAAACGGAGGAUCAUGAUGAUAAUGAUGAUGAGAAUGGUCCCAGAUACGAGCUAAACUGUCAGUGCAAAUACAACAGCAAAGAUGGACCCUUUAUCAGCGUUGCCCAGGCUGUGAACAAAGCCAAUACAUUGGCUAUCGCUUGCCAGGAUCGAAGUGUACGCUUUCUGGACAUUGUAUCGCAACAGGAUAUAUCCAAGCACGAGGUGUCCAUGCUGAAGGGCGCCGAUAGGAGCAGCACCUGGGCACAGUUGCGUGCCUGGCAGGAGAAUUGUUUCUACUACGCAUGUCCGUCCGCCUUGCUCACCAUCGAUAUGCGUUGUGCCAACGAGGUGAUUAAUCCGUGCUUUGCCAGCAGCGUCUAUACAAAGUAUUGUGAGAGUUUCUCUUGUUUGGGCAGCAGCGUGAAUCCCAAUCUUUUAUAUGUAGCCAGCAAUCAUAAAUUACACUGCCUGGAUAUGCGGUGUCUGGGCAAGAAGCUAGCAGAUCGCUCGGUUGUCACCUGGACACAUCAGAUGGCGUAUUCGCCCACAUUCAUGGAUGCCAUUGCCCAUGAAGGUAGCGAAUAUGUGGCCAUGUCCAAUGCUGUGCCUGACGAUCAACGUAUCUGCGAACUGAAGGGAGUUCUAGCUAAAAAUAUCACGGAAAUGUGCUCCCCCACCUUGCCCUAUGGUCCACCACAGUUGGAGGAGGCUCUCAUCGAUGCUCGUCUGCGGGGUAACAGCGUUAACAUCUAUGCAGAUCUCGCCGAGCGUGUUAAAUGCUCCUCCACGGGUAUUAAAUUCCACAGAUUAGAGAAUGCCAGCGAUGGCGCCUUUGCCCAACUGCUCACUGCGAGCAGCGUGGGAGAUAUUUUCUGCCAGAGAGUGACCCUAAGGGAUGAGCUGGAAAUGGUGCGGGAACAACGAACGGGAUCCCACACAAGCGAGGCCAUACUGUACUAUGCUGAUCUGGUACAGGAUCGUGUGACCAGAAAACUACACUGCACUGAGGUACAGCCAAUGGCAAUUAUGCGAGAUAUUAUGAAAUCUGAUAUAGAACGUAAUGUGGAACAGGAAAAGCCAAUGCCUAUAGAGGAUAUAGAAAUAGACUACGGGUUCGAUGAUUCCGAUUCAGAGUCCAAUGCGGAAACUGAUGGUUCUACAGAGGAUCAGCCAACAGUUAGUAAAAAAGUAGCCAAAAAAUCAACUAAAGCUGUCACGCAAAUAGAAACCGAGGAAUCGCCAGCUGUGGAAAAAAAAGUACAAAAAAAGACGGCAAUAAAUCGUGGACCCUGGCAAAAGUCGGCCUAUAAUCUAAGUCGCUAUACAGAUGUGAUUAGCACACGCAUGCUGAGCAUUUGGGAUAUUGAUGAGUUUGAAUUAACGCGUGAUGUAAACAUCGAUAUGAUUGAUGAGAAAUUGAAGCGAAACAAACCCGAACCGGAAGUGGAAGAUCGCACAACAUCAUGGCUACAGCAAGUGCCCAAACCCGAGGAUGCGGCUGCCUUUUUCGCGGAAGAUAAACCCGAUCUUGUGCCCGGUACAAAUCUGCCCACCUGCUAUGAAGCCGUUCAUGCAGACUAUACGGAAGUGGGCAACGAAACUGUUGAUAUUGAAGCCUUGUUAACGACUAAAACAGAAGCAUCGUUUAAUGAAACUGUCAGUUUUAGUAGAAGGCCGCAUUCCACACUGCGACCGGGAGAAUUCACGGUUAUUGAAUCCGAUCCAAAUCCAACGCCUGCUAAACGACCUAGAACUAAGUAUACUAUAGGAUUUUAGGGAUUAAGUAGCUAGUUUUAGUUUUAGUAGAAUACAAACACUUUACACGCAAUAAACUAAAGAUAUUUCAAAUCGAAACUCUAA